GGGGGGGGGGGGGGCGAUGACCAAGCCCGAGUCGAAGAGGAGCGCCGCGGUCAACGUUGCCGGCAAGUGCGCCACAUCCGUGUCCGGCGGUAACGCUUCGUUGGAGCCGGGCUGUCCCAGUCAGAGCGCCCUUCUCAAGGCUAACGUGAUGAGGCAGACCUCCAGGGAGAGCACGCAUCGGAGGAACACCGAGUGUGAGGUCUACGACGACGGGACCAACACCUUUUUCUGGCGAGCCCACACUGUGACUGUGCUUUUCAUAUUGACCUGUGCUCUGGUCUACGUCACGCUGUUGGAAGAAACCCCCCAGGACACGGCCUACAACACAAAAAGGGGGAUUGUGGCAAGCAUCCUGGUGUUUCUCUGUUUUGGAGUGACACAAGCCAAAGAUGGACCAUUUACCAGACCACACCCAGCUUAUUGGAGGUUCUGGCUCUGUGUCACUGUAGUGUAUGAGCUGUUCCUCAUCUUCAUCCUCUUCCAGACGGUGCAUGAUGGCCGACAGUUCAUGAAGUACAUCGACCCCAAGCUUGGGGUUCCCCUUCCGGAGCGCGACUAUGGGGGAAACUGCCUCAUGUACGACCCGGGCAACACCACCGACCCCUUCCACAACAUCUGGGACAAGAUGGAUGGCUUUGUUCCAGCUCACUUCCUGGGAUGGUACAUCAAGACUCUGAUGAUACGCGAUUGGUGGAUGUGCAUGAUAAUCAGUGUGAUGUUCGAGUUCCUGGAAUACAGCCUGGAGCACCAGUUACCCAACUUCUCAGAGUGCUGGUGGGACCACUGGAUCAUGGACGUGUUGCUGUGCAACGGCCUGGGGAUCUACUGUGGCAUGAAGGCCCUGGCUUGGCUGUCCAUGAAGCCCUACCAGUGGCAGGGCCUGUGGAACAUUCCGACAUACAAGGGGAAGAUUAAGAGAAUCGCAUUCCAGUUCACUCCGUACAGCUGGGUGAAGUUUGAGUGGAAGCCUGCGUCGAACCUUCGUCGCUGGCUUGCUGUGUUGGGCAUCAUCUUCAUGUUCCUCCUGGCGGAGCUGAACACCUUCUACUUGAAGUUCGUGCUGUGGAUGCCUCCUGAGCACUGCCUGGUGCUGCUGCGACUGGUCUUCUUCGUCAACGUAGGAGGCGUCGCCAUGAGGGAAAUCUACGACUUCAUGGACGACCCGAAGUUCCACAAGAAGCUGGGCCAGCAGGCGUGGCUGGUGGCGGCGAUCACAGUGACGGAGUUCCUCAUCGUGGUCAAGUACGACCCCAACACCAUCAUGCUGCCCAUCCCCUUUGUGGUCACGCAGUGCUGGUUCCUGGGAAUCUUCCUCAUCGUCACCUGGACCCUGUGGCGCUUCUUCAUCCGUGACAUCACGCUCCGUUACAAAGAGACGCGCCAACGCAGCCAGGAAGUCCCAGCGGACCGGGACCGCCCUCUGGGCAACGGCAGCACGUCCACCCCAUCCGGGCGGAGCAAACUGAACGGCAGCUCCGAGACGGUGCGGAUGAGGAAGUCCUGAGGGGUGUUGGUGGGAGGAGGGGAGGGGGGGGGGGGGGCGGGGGCGCGACUGAAGGAGAUUGGUGACAAAAAGGACGAAGUAGAGCCCAACAGAUGGACACAUGUGUAUUUUUUUUUCUUGCCCACGUGAUGUAGUCAUUCAACGGAUUGUCUGGUUUUUGUCUUACUACGGGAAUUGACCUCAUUCUGAUUUGUAGGAGCAUUCGAGGAAUCACACAUGGGUUUAUGUGCUAUUAAAACAUCAUUUUUGGAGCAAAAAAGUGUUGCGUGCGAAGGAAAGAAGCUCAAGGGGCGAUCCAGGUGAGCAGGGAAGUCGAUCGACUUUUGACCGAUAAUAAACAGCAGGUUUUUAUUUUCUUAGUUGCGUCAGAAUAAGCGUGUAAAUAAGCUUGGUUCUGUGACGUCGUAUCGGCGUGUUUCUGUGGCUUUGACCCUCGCUCGGUCCAACUCGGAAAGGAAAAAAACUGUCCAAAGCCUUCCUCUCCAGCUUUGUUCCUAUAAAGAACGUCUUUGUUUUAAAACAAAUCAAGUACAGAUGUACCUUUAUUCUAGUUCUUUAACUGCUGUUCACACUCGACCAACGGGGUCUUGGGUCAAUGUUUUCUUAUUGUAUUGUGAUUUAUUUCGGGUAAAUCGAUUUAUAAACACUAAAUUGUACUCCUAUUUCCUUUUUGUGAAAUGCUAAUGAACACGUUUGUGACAAUCACACUUCUAGAACAAAUGUGCUCCACCCUGAUGGGGGCGCAGCAGUGUCCCAGGAAUAAACCCCCGCGUCUGGGCUCAGAUGAUUAAAUCACACCACACAGUGAAUUUAAUAUUGUUAAUGCCAUAUGCUUCUUUUCAUUUUUUAUUAUUUAAUUCAUGAAUUUUAUUUAAAAGUGUCAUGCUCUGCAGUGUUCCGCUGAAGCAAAAAUAAAAAGCAGCCGCGUCAUCAGAAGGGGGGGCGGAGGGAGCCUUAUUGUGCAACACGCCCACACUACGACCCGCUGAAGUCUAACCUCUAACCCGCAGGCCAGUGCAUCAUCUCGGGAAAGCACAACUUUUCUUUUUACUCCAAAUAAAAUGAAUGAUUAGAAAACGUAUGUUCCAAAUUGGGGGAGUCGACCCGUUGACUCACCUCGGUGGUCUUUGCUUACAAAGCUGUUUGAGUGUCCGUCUCCACUCAACCAGCUUUGACGUGACAACUUUUAAAUUGUGAGGUCAAUUUUCUUUUUUUCUGAGCUUUUAUAUUCUAGAUGAGUGUAGAAAAUAAUCCAUAGAUGCAGCGCUGAUUAGCGAGUUUCAGUUGAAGAUGUUCUGAGCUCUGCUCGUUCCAUUCCGGUUGGAUGUUCUGUGUCCCUUGAACCCCCCCCCCCCCCAAGGAGCUUUCUUUAGUCUGUGUCCCAGCGCCCUGAAGACCGAGUAGAUGACAUCUGUGAACCAGGCAGACAACAUUGUGUGUGUGUGUGUGUGUGUGUGUGUGUGUGUGUGUGUGUGUGUGUGUGUGUGUGUGUGUGUGUGUGUGUGUGUGUGUGUGUGUGUGUGUGUGUGUGUGUGUGUGUGUGUGUGUGUGUGUGUGUGUGUGUGUGUGUGUGUGUGUGUGUGUGUGUGUGUGUGUGUGUGUGUGUGGCUCCACCGGUCGCAGCUCUUCCCCUUUUGUGCGUCCUCUGUUCUCUCCCGUUGGAUGAAGGCUCCUUGAGGCUCCCACUGUGUAACUGUCCAUGCCUAACAACAACCCAAGACAGGAAUUUGCACAUCAGCUCUGAAAUCACAAAGAGAUGGAACUCGGUAAUGAACCCAUCGUAUAUUUAAAAAAAAAAAAAAGGGACCUUUUCCGUUAGUGUUUUAGGGUUCAGUAACUUCACCUGCAACCACAUGGGAGUGAUAGCUGUUCUGUUCUCGUCUCCUUGACAGCGGUCAUCAAUGUGAACUUCAUAAAGAUCCUAAAAAACUGACAUAUGCUGCAUCCUUUUAUAAUGUUUUCAAUAAAAUGAGCUGAAAACCUG